GGCACGCGCGCGCGCACGAGCUGCGGCGGCGGGCGGGCAACCCGCUCACCAUCGCCGAAGCUUCUCAGCGCGAAGCUCACCGGGAAGCCGACCAAAAUCCCCCGGGAAAAAAAGAGAGCUCUCACGGCCGGCGCCAUCUCCAACUAGUACAAAUCUACCCGCCAAAUCCACUCCCCAACCCAAUCCAUGCAGCAGCAGCAGCAGCAGCGCACCGGCGAUUUAGGGGGUCUUAUAUAUUAUAAAUAGGAAGCGCUCUCGCCGGUGACAAACUCGGUCAUGGCGGCAGUCGGAGCGGCACCAGUGCUCUACCAACAGCAGGCGCAGGCGGUGGGCGACGCCUGCUUCUUCUCCUCCAUGUCCUCCUACUUCUCCAACGAGGCAAUCAGCUCCUCCUGCUCCAGCCCAGCCUCCAGCUUCUCCGCCGCGCUGGGCGCCACGCCGCCCGCUGCGCCGGCGAUCAGCCCCGACCCCGCGUCGCAGUUCGACAUCUCCGAGUACCUCUACGGCGACGGCCCGUUAGCCGCGCCGCUGGCGCCCGUUGGCGCUGCUGUUGCAAGCUCGGCGACUGCGGUGCCUGCGAGGAGCGCGGCCGAGUCGGCGGCGGCGGUGGAGAGGCCGCGGACGGAGCGCAUCGCGUUCCGCACGAGGACGGAGAUCGAGAUCCUCGACGACGGCUACAAGUGGCGCAAGUACGGCAAGAAGUCCGUCAAGAACAGCCCAAACCCAAGGAACUACUACCGGUGCUCGACGGAAGGGUGCAGCGUGAAGAAGCGGGUGGAGCGGGACCGGGACGACCCGGCGUACGUGGUGACCACGUACGAGGGCACGCACAGCCACGCCAGCCCCAGCACCGUCUACUACGCCAGCCAGGACGCCGCCUCCGGCCGCUUCUUCGUCGCCGGCACGCACCCGCCGCCAGGCUCCCUCAACUGAGUAGACUAGCCACCAACGACGGAGCACGUCGAGAUCAGCACGUACGGGGCUUCCAUCUUGGGCAAGCUAGCCAGCUCGGGCCUCGGUGCCGUAGCAGCCACAAGUUCGUAGUUAAACUAGUGCACUACUGGUUCAGGUUCGGUUUCCCGACUGUAGUGUUGUGUACUGCGGUGUGCACUGUCGGCUCGAUCACCAGGUUUUAUCCCUCGAGCAUAAUUAGUGGAUCGAAAGAGCCCGGCCGGGGAACGUAACUCAGUCCACUACUAGUGCUGCCUACUUAACCGUGUAAUAAAAAUACCCAUGUGCCGUUUCCCUCA